ACUACCCAGAAAGCAAUGCGUCCACGCAGGGCAGUUUGGUGCCAGCGCAUCCGGUUGGGGCGGGACUUCCGGAGUCCUCUUCCUGGCCGACAUUUUGACUUCUUCAAGCUGUCCAGUGGCUCAAGGGCUUCAGCGCGCCUAUCGCGUGAAGGAGGAGACGUGGGAGGCCGCAUCCGGCGGUGCAGGGUGUGUCUGAGCCUGUUGAGCCGCAACCUUCGGGAUUGGGGCGUCCGUGCCUCCCCGACUCCUCUCCGCUCACACAGUUUGACUCAGCGUCACCCCAUUGAACCCUCCAGCCUCUGUUCCCGCCGCCGCUCGGGUCCCGCAGCCCAGGUCGCAGCGUCCAGCACAGAUAUGAACUUUGAGGACGUGGCCAUUGCCUUCUCUCAGGAGGAGUGGGGGCUCCUUGAUGAGGCUCAGAGACUUCUGUGCUACGAUGUGAUGCUGGAAGUUUUUGCAGUGGUAUCAUCUGUAGGUUGUUGGCAUAAAACAGAUGAUGUGGAGGCCUGUUCUGAGCAGAAUGCAUCCAUAGAAGGAGAGUCACAGGUCAGUGCUUCUAAGACAGCACCAACAACCCAGAAGAGCCAUCUUUGUGGGAGGUGUUUCUCUGUGUUAAAAGAUAUUCUGCAUCUGACUGAGUCACAAGCAGCAGUCUUUGAACAGAAAGCCUUCUUCAGUGAUGCAUGUGUGAGAGACUUGUGUUUCAGGGCAAACUCUCACCAGAAACAGAGGGAAGUCAGUGGAGAGAAGCCCUGGAAAGAAGCUGUGGACAGGGCCUCAUUUUUGAACUGGUGCAGCUUCUACUUACCAGGUCUGCCUUCAACCAGUAGGGAGGUUGGGGAAGACUUCACAGCCAUCUCAGAGCUUCUCCAGAACCAGGCCACGCUCAGAACUGAGGAGCCAUACAGGGGCAGUGAGAUUUCACAGAAAUUACUCAAUAGAAACAGGCAUCAGCAAUGGAAUAAAUGUGAAAAAGCUGCCAGCCACAACCAGAAUCUUGUUCAAGAUCAGGGUGUCUGCUCUGGAGAAGUGAAAUAUGAGUGCAAUAUAUGUGGGAAAGUUUUCAGAUGUAUCUUUAAGCUCAAUCGACAUAGGAGAGUUCACACUGGAGAAAAGUCUUAUCAGUGUACUGACCUUGGAAUGUCCUUCCAUCAAUCUUCCCUCACUGAACACCACAGAGUUUACACUGGAGAAAAACCCUACAAAUGUAUUGAAUGUGGACAGUCAUUUAGACGCAGUUACCACCUUUUUAUACAUGAGAGAGUUCACACUGGAGAAAAGCCCCAUCAAUGUAGUGAUUGUGGGAAAUGCUUCAGUUAUAGCUCUUACCUUAUUAAACACCACAGAGUUCACACUGGAGAAAAACCUUAUGAGUGUAUUGAAUGUGGGCAAUCAUUCAGGCAAAUCUCUACUCUCAAUAAUCAUCAGCGAGUUCACACUGGAGAAAAGCCAUAUGAGUGUAGUGAAUGUGGGAAGUCAUUCAGGGAUGUCUCUGGUCUCAAUAAACAUCAGAGAGUUCACACUGCAGAAAAGCCCCAUCAAUGUAGUGAUUGUGGAAAAUGCUUCAGUUAUAGCUCUUACCUUAUUAAACACCACAGAGUUCACACUGGAGAAAAACCUCAUGAGUGUAGUGAAUGUGGGAAGUCAUUCAGGCAAAUCUCUACUCUCAAUAACCAUCAGAGAGUUCACACUGGAGAAAAACCAUAUGAGUGUAGUGAAUGUGGGAAGUCAUUCAGGCAAAUCUCUACUCUCAAUAAACAUCAGCGAGUUCACACUGGAGAAAAGCCAUAUGAGUAGUGAAUGUGGGAACUCAUUCAAGGAUGUCUCUAAUCUCAAUAAACAUCAGGGAGUUCACACUGGAGAAAAGCCAUAUGAGCGUAGUGAAUAUGGGAAGUCAUUCAGUCAAACCUCGGCUCUCAACCAUCAAAGAGUUCACACUGGAGAAAAACCGUAUGAGUGUAGUGAAUGUGGGAAGUCAUUCAGGCAAAUCUCUACUUUUAAUGAACAUCAGAGAGUUCACAGUGGAGAAAAACCGUAUGAGUGAGGUGAAUGUGGGAAGUCAUUCAGGGAAACCUCUGCUCUCAAUAAACCUCAGACAGUUCACACUGGAGAAAAGCCAUAUGAGUGUAGUGAUUGUGGAAAGUCCUUUAGCAGAAGCUCUACUCUCAUUAGACACAACCGAAUACACACCGGAAAGGCACCUGAUGAGUUUAUUGAAUGUGGGAAAUCUUUUUUCUACAAAUCUUUCCUCGUUCAACACUUGAAAGUACACACUGUAGAAAAGCUUUAAAUGUGCAGGGAAUAUUUUACUUUUCUCACUCGAAUACCAAUACCAAUGGAGAAACUUUUACACUCUUUUACCUGAAUAGGAAUCCCUUUUUUCAGAACAUACACUCUGCUAGAUAAAUUCCUUAUUAGUUUAACAUACAAUAGAGGUUUUCAGAAACUGCAUUGCACCUGCUAACCCACUCAGUCCUACUACCUGAUUGAUGUCACUGUGAGUAUUUGUGGGGAAACCAUUUCACUCCUACCACCUAGCUCACCUUUAGAGUGUGCAUCACUCACAGCCUCUGCAGACUCUGGGGUUGUGCUUGAGAAUAUCAUGAAUAUUCCAAGCUUCUGGUGGAUCUUCACUUCUUUCUGUCUGACUAGAGAAUUUAUCUGACCCAGGUUUUGUCAAAAGCCCCCUGCCUCAGCUAAGAAGUGCUACCUCUUCAGGGACAUUAUGGUUCUCACUUUAUGCUGUGGGGAAUUGUUUCAGGUUCCAAUUCACCAUCCUGCAAACCUCUUGCUGUACUUUGCUCUGGUUUAUGAUCUUUAUGUAAAGGUGUUUUUUCUUUGGUACCUUUAAUUUUUUUGGUUGUAUUCUUUCCCUGGGAUGAUUGACAGGAAAGUAGUGAUCUGUUAGCAUGGAGAGUUAAACAGAUAUGGUGGGUCCCAAACUUUCUGUGCUUUUGAAGGCACUGCUUGAUGGCAGAAAAUCACUCUUUGUUCAAUUUUGGCUGAUUUUGUAUUGCCGACCAAGGCCUUGAGAUAAAGUGUGCAUGACUUUGUGGUUCUAAUUAGCUGUCUGGUGUCUCUUUUAUCGUAGAGGUCAUUGGUCACCCUGAAUAGGCAGUGUAUAUUGUGCUCUGUGAACAAUAUGAAUUAUAUUCUCUGUGCACAGUAUCUAUUACUUAGGUGUCAGCAAUGUUUAGGGGAACUGCUGUCCACGUGCUGUAAAGAGGCCAUGUGUCAUGUUGUAUGAGAUUUCAUAGGCCGGUGUCAUUUGUUGUAAGACUCUGAGAUGGAAUUAGUAUCUACACUUAUAAAAGACAAACAUGCAAAUUGCCAUACCUGUGCUAGCCUUAAGCCAAACCCACCAGCCAAUCAGAGCGGCUAUAUGCAAAUUACUCCAACAAAGAUGGUGGUUAAUUUGCAGAUACCAGCUGGGAGCGAAGACUGAAGACAACAUGGAAGCGAAGCGCUACAGAAGAGAGCAAAGUAGAGGCGGCGGAGACAGGAAUGAAGCCAAGAUGCGGAAGCAGGAGUUGGGAGGGGAAACCCAGCCGCAGCGGCUGGGAGUGGAAGGGGUAACACAGCCUGAUUGGCUGGGAGCGGGAGGGCAAACCCAGCAGCAGCGGCUGGGAGCUGGAGAGGAAACACAGCUUGAGCGGCUGGGAGCAGGAGGGGAAGCCUGUCUCAGUGGGUUUUCCUCCCUUCUCUGCUUCAUACCACCUGCAGGAAGCCCUAUAGCUCGCAGGAAUUUUCCUGCAACAGGCCUCUAGUUGGGACAUAAACACUGUUUGCAUAGUCAUGGGAGACACUGCAGUUAAACUAGAUGAAAAGUGCCUCUUCUGGAUACAAAUCCAAAAUUACCCAGGGGCCUGUGGCUUGUAUGAUAUUUGCGACAUUCUGAGGACCCCCAUAGCUAUUUCCUUUAGCUGAAGGCACUGGCAGAGAAAAUAAUCUAAUGGUUUUGUGGAUUCCCCUGGUCCUUCUAUGGUGUUCACCUCAAGGUUGUUGCUCAACAGGCAAGACGUCAAAUCUAGAGGAAGCAUAAUGCUGUAUUCAGUCCCAGGAUGUGUCUUUUAUAACCAGUCAGUAUUCCUGUUGAUUCCAAAGGCAAUAGUCUUCACUACUUGCCAACAUUUGCUGCCACUGAGGCAAGGGUGUUCCCCCCAGAAAAUGAGAACUGACAUGCAACAAAGUACACCUUUCUCAUGUGUGCUCUUUGGUGAGCCCUGACAUAGAGAUAAAGCUGUGAAACCGUCACAUGUGAAAUAAACCCACCUGUAACUCAUACCCAGGGUGGGGCACUAAUGGGCUCACAGAUUUAAGUUCAAAAAACACAGAGAUUAUUCUUUUAAAAAUAUCUUAGAAAAUACUUUUAUUCAUUUUUGGGGGGAGGGAGAGUGAAGCAAGGGGAAUAGAGAUAUAAACAUAGAUCUGCUGAACUCCUUCACAUCCCCUACUGGGGAUCCAUUUGGGGAUGUGCACUGACCUGGAAUCAAACCAGAGACCUUUCAGUGAAUGAGAUGACACUCAACCAGCUGAGGACACUGGAUGAGGCAGAGUUUAUUCCUGUAUUAUUGUUAUUAAUUAAUGUAUUAUUUUCCACAGCAACAACUCUAAACCUACUUUUUGCCUCAUCCUAUAUUUUCCUAAUACCCUGUUAUAAUCUCUCUUUCUGCAUUUACUGGCCCUCCAUGCAGUCAUGAAUUUUCUUUUUUCUUUUUUUCUUUUUUUUCUUUUUUACAAUAGAAUCAUUCAUAUUGUUCAUAAUUUUAUAGGCACUAUUUGAUGUGUUCUCUUUUACAAAUUCUGGUUUCCUCCAUGCUAUGCUGUUAUUUUGAGAUUCAACACAAAUGCUUAUGUGAAAAAUUUAUUUAAUUCUGAAUAGUACUGUGUUCUGUUAAUAAUCACUUUAUCUAUUGAUCUGUCUAUGUUUUUUCUUAUUUCCUGGUUUUGGGUAUUAUAAAUAAAUAUUCUGGGACUAUUUGCAUUCA